AUCCUUCUUGUUUAAGACAUGGGUGUGUAAUGAUUUGCUUUUGGGGGAUAAAACCCACAGUUUGGAAGUGGAGAGGGAUAUUACAGAGCAGGAUGGCCCGGAGUAAGGUACCUCUGCUCUUGCAUGGAUUUCUCCUGCUGUUUCUGUGUAGACCUUCCCUUCAAGGAGGUAUCUACAUACCAGCUGGUGCAGGGGGAGGAGCUGGAGCUGGAUUAGGGGCUGGUGUUGGAACUGGAGCUGGACUUGGAACCAAUAUAGGAACUGGUCCAGGAGGUGGAUUUGGUUCUGGAAUCGGAGGUGUUGGGCCAGGAGUUGGAACAGGAUUAGGUCCAGGUGCUGGUCCUGGUGGAUUUGGAACAGGGCCAGGAAUUGGCAUCAGACCUGGAACUGGUGCUGGACUGGGUAUUGGAGGUCUUGGGGGAGUUGGGCCUGGUGAUGGAGGGCUUGAUACAGGAGGACUUGGUACUGGUGGAUUAGGCACUGGAGGACUUGGAACAGGGCCAUUUGUCAAGCCACCUAAAACAGGAGGAUAUCUACCAGGAAUUGGACCAGGUGGUACAGGUGUUUUUCCUGGAGCUGGAGGAGUUGGUCCUGGUGGCAUUGGUCCAGGAGGUAUUGGACCUGGUGGCAUUGGUCCAGGAGGUAUUGUACCUGGUGGCAUAGGUCCCGGAGGCUUUGGAGCCGUGGGAACUAGACCUGGAGGGACUGGCCCUGGUGCUGGUGUUGGAACUGGAAGCCUUGGAGCAGGUGUUGGUGGAAAACCCCCUAAACCUGGUUAUGGCACUCUUGGAGCUGGAGGUCUUGGUGGUGCUGGUGGUGCUGGUGGUCUUGGAGGCCUUGGACUGAGGCCAGGGGGUGCUGGCCUUGGAGGUUUAGUACCUGGUGGUUUUGGUGUUGGUCCAGGAGCUGGUGGUUUUGGCACAGGACUACCUGGACAAGGAGUUGGCGUGGGCACUGGUGUGGGAGGGCUUGGUACUGGUGGAGUUGGUCCAGGAGGUGCUGGAAGAGGUGUGGGAGGAAAACCCCCCAAAACAGGUUAUGGAGGCCUUGGUGGCUUUGGACAAGGUGGUGUUGGACCAGGCGGUAUUGUUCCUGGUGGUGUUAGACCAGGUGGCAUUGUUCCUGGUGGAGUUGGACCAGGUGGCAUUGUCCCAGGUGGUGUUGGACCAGGUGGCAUUGGACCAGGUGUCUUGAGUCCUGGAGCAGGCAGAAAACCUGGGAAACCAGGUUAUGGCUGGCCUGGGGGUUUCGGUGGUGGACCAUUUGGAACAGGAAGUCUUGGAGCAGGAGAUCCCAGGAUUGGUGCUAUUCCACUUACACCUGGAGGUGCUGGAACAGGCUACCCAUCAGGUGGCAGCUAUGGUGGAUACGGUGGGCCUGGAGGUCUUUAUCCUGGAGCUGGAACAGCUGGCCAGAAGCCACCAAAACCAGGAUUUGGUCCAGGUGGUGCAGGAUUUGGUCCAGGUGGUGCAGGAAUUGGACCUGGUGGUGCAGGAUUUGGUCCAGGUGGUGCAGGAUUUGGUCCAGGUGGUGCAGGAAUUGGACCUGGUGGUGCAGGAUUUGGUCCAGGUGGUGCAGGAUUUGGUCCAGGUGGUGCAGGAAUUGGACCUGGUGGUGCAGGAUUUGGUCCAGGUGGUGCAGGAUUUGGUCCAGGUGGUGCAGGAAUUGGACCUGGUGGUGCAGGAGUUCGGCCUGGAGGUGUAGGAAUUGGACCAGGAGGCACAGGAAUUGGACAUGGUGGUGUAGGAAUUGGUCCAGGUGGGACAGGAAUUGGACAAGGUGGCACAGGACUUGGUCCAGGUGGAGCAGGAGUUGGUCCUGGAGGUGUAGGAAUUGGACCUGGUGGCACUGGAACUGGAAUUGGAGGAGCAGGAGUUGUGCCUGGUGGAGCACCUUUUCUCCCCCAAACUGGAUUACCUGGAACUGGGACAGGCACUGGGGGCAAAGUCGGAAAGACUGGGAAGGCACCAGUGCCAGGGGUUGGGAUCCCUGGGUUAUACCAAGGGGGUAUUGUUCCUGGACAAGGCUUUGGUGGUAGAGGCAUUCUGCCAGGUGUAGCCACAGGAUCUCAAACUGGGCAGCUUGGUCAAGGUGCAGUUGGAGCCAAUGCAGGAGGCCGCGGAGGUUUUGGUCAACAAAUUCCAGGCGUGUUCCGUGGAUAUCCUCUUAUAUCACCUAAGUCUGGAGGCACAAGCGCUGCAAAGUCUCAGGCUAAAGCUGCCAUGUAUGGUGCUGGUAGUGUUCCGGGUCUAGGUGGUGGGCUUGGUGCAGGAGGUGUACCUGGUGCAGGUGGAGUGCCGGGAAUAGGCGGUGUUCCAGGUGCGGCCGGUAUACCAGGCAUUGGAGUCAUUCCUGGAACUGGUGGCGCAACUCCUGGAGUCUUAUAUCCGGGAGCUGGUGGUGUUUAUCCUGGAGGAGCUGGGGCAAAAGCUCGGAAAUAUGGAAUUGGUGGAGCGGGAGGACUUCCUGGUUCUGGCUUGGGAGUGGGUGGCCUUGGAGCUGGAGGACUUCCUGGUUCUGGCUUGGGAGUAGGUGGUCUUGGAGCUGGAGGACUUCCUGGUUCUGGCUUGGGUGGUCAUGGUGGACCCCUUGGUUCUGGUUUAGGAGCUAGUGGACUCCCCGGACCUGGAGUUGGUCCUGAAGGAUAUGCUGCGGCUAAAGCAAGAAAAUAUGCUCAGCUUGGACGUCAUGGUGGAGGUCUUGGGACUGGUGGGCUACCUGGUGGAGGUCUUGGGACUGGUGGGCUACCUGGUGGAGGUCUUGGGACUGGUGGGCUACCUGGUGGAGGUCUUGGGACUGGUAGGCUACCUGGUGGAGGUCUUGGGACAGGUGGAUUACCUGGUGGAGGAGCUGGUGGUCUUCCUAGCGGUGGUUCUGGAGGACUUCCUGGCUCUGGAACUGGAGUUGGAUCUGGUGUGGGUUACGGUCCAGGAGGUGUACCCAGUGGUGGGUUUGGUCCUGGAAGUGCAUUUGGACCUGAAGGAUAUGCUAGGGCCAAAGCUCGCAAAUAUGGGGUUCCUGGUGGAGCUGGUGGAAUACAAUUGCCUGGAGGAUUAGGAGGGUCACUUGGUAGUGGAACAGCUGGAGCUGGAGGAGGAACACCAGGUGCUGGAAUUGGACCAGGAUGGGCACCAAUCGGUGGUUAUGGGGCAGGAGGAGUACCUGCUGGAGGAUAUGGACCUGGCUCUGGAGCUUAUCCAGGUGGACCAAAGGCUCUUAAAUAUGGUCCUGGUGGGAGCGGAGGGGCUCCAGGACUUGGUCUGCAGGGUCAGGUAGGAACCGGUCCAGCAGGAGGUUAUGGUCCAGGGACUGUAGGAGGUCCUGGGUCUGGAUUUGCUGGAACAGGACUGCCUGGUAGUGCUGUUGGAGCAGGAAGCAGAGGAGGGCUUGGGCCUGGGUAUGGAACAGGUGCUGGAGGAUAUGGACCUGGAUCAAAAGCAGCUAAAUAUGGUUUACCUGGUUCUGGAGGUGUUAUAGGAGCAGGAGCUAUACCAGGAGUGGGAGGAGGUGCUGGAGUUCUGCCUGGAGGGCUUGGGGUUGGUCUUGGGACUGGUGUUGGAUAUGGGGGGUAUGGAGGAUAUGGAGGAGCACAAAAACCACCUAAAUAUGGACAACCAGCUGGUGGGGCUGGAAGUGUGUUGGGUGGGUCGGUACCAGCAACUGGUGGAAUUGGGGCCACAGGAACUGGAGUUGGAACUGGUGGGGCUGGAGGUAUACAAGGUUCAGGAACCAAGCAAGACAAGUAUGGGGUACCAGGCAUCACAGGAGGACCAACAAUUCCAGGUAGUACAGCUGCUGCCGGAACCGAUCGUGGAGCAGGUCCUAAACCUGGAGUUGAUGGAGUGAUUGGCAGUCCUGAUGGUGGAACUCGUAGUGAUGGAGGUGGAACAAAAGCUCCCAAGACUGAAUCUGGAGGACCAAUAGAGGGAUCAGGCGUUACUGGUGGCCCCCUUGAAGCUGAUGGGCUUGAUGGAGCUGCUGGGACAAGAAUACCCAUCUUAGCUGGAGAAAGACCAGGAGUUGGUGAUAGUGGAACAUUACCUGGAGCCAAACCACUAAAACCCCCAGGCAUUGGAGGUGGAGCCAUUGCUGGACGUGGAGAUACGCCAGGCACUAUUGAAGGAGGACCUGGAAGUGUAGGCAGUGGUCCAGGAGGAGUUGGUGGAGUUCCGGGAGGAGUUGGUGGAGGACUGGGAGGAGUUGGUGGAGUUCCAGGAGGAGUUGGUGGAGUUCCUGGUGGAGUUGGUGGAGGACUGGGAGGAGUUGGUGGAGUUCCGGGAGGAGUUGGUGGAGGACUGGGAGGAGUUGGUGGAGUUCCGGGAGGAGUUGGUGGAGGAUUGGGAGGAGUUGGUGGAGGACUGGGAGGAGUUGGUGGAGUUCCGGGAGGAGUUGGUGGAGGACUGGGAGGAGUUGGUGGAGUUCCGGGAGGAGUUGGUGGAGUUCCUGGUGGAGUUGGUGGAGGAGUGGGAGGAGUUGGUGGAGGACAAGGUGGAGUUAAACCUCCUAAAGUUUAUGGUGGUCCAGGUGGAACUGGAGCUCUGGGAGUUGGAGGUGUGGGUGGAGUGGGUCCAGCUGGAGUGGGAGGAGCAGGACUUCUGCCUGGAGGUGGUGGUCUGCUACCAGGAGGUGGAGCUGCAGGCACAGGAUUCGGGGCGCAGAAACCAGGCAAAAGUUAUGGUGGAGCUGGAAGUUUUGGAGCCGGUGGGAUCCUACCAGGGACCGGCAUCAGGUUCCCCAGUGGGGCUGCAGUGGGCGGAAAACAAGGAAAAGUUUAUGGGGCAGCAGGCACACUUGGUGGGCUUGGAGGCCCAGGCGGAUAUGGAACAGGACCUGGUGGCUAUGGUGGUGGUCCGGGCGGUUAUGGUGGUGGUCCGGGCGGUUAUGGAGGUGGUCCGGGCGGUUAUGGUGGUGGUCCGGGCGGUUAUGGAGGUGGUCCGGGCGGUUAUGGUGGUGGUCCGGGCGGUUAUGGUGGUGGUCCGGGCGGUUAUGGUAGUGUCCCGGGCAGUGCCGGUGGACUUGGAGGGCUUGGUUAUGGUCCUGGCGCAUUAAAACCCCCUAAAAGCUAUGGAGGAGCUGGAACAUUGGGUGGGGCUGGAAGAGGAGGAGUUGAUGGAGGUCUUGGUGGUGGUCUAGGAAUUGGACCAGGAGGUGCUGGCGGAGGUCCUGGAGGAGUUGGAGUGGGUGGAGGCUAUGGAGGUUUAGGUGGAGCUGGAGGCCUAGGAGGAGGUGCUGGAAGCCCAGUAGGAACCGGUGGAGGAGGUGGAGUCCCUGGAUAUGGGACUGGUGUAGGUCCAGGUGCUGGAUAUCAACAGCCAUAUCCAGGUUAUGGUGGCACUGGCGCAGGGGGAACUGGAAAUGCUCCACUUACACCUCAGCAAUCAAAAGCAGCCAAAUAUGCAGCUCUUCAAGGCUUUCUAGGUGCAGGAGGCUACAGAGGUACGUAA